UAGUUGUAGUCUUGUUUUUUUUUGUGCUCGUUGUGUUUGAUCGAAAUCGAUUCGUUUUUUCGCCGUAUCAGUAACACUUCAUCUGAGUUCAAUCGAUCGUAGUCCGAACCGAUUAGUUCAUUUUUGUCAUCGGUCCGGGUAAUUAGCUUCGCUUGCUCAUUGAUCCCCGGCUGACAUUUACCUUCCUGACCAAGUUGAUACAAAACUCAAUUGGAAAGUUCUGUUUGGAAACGCGCGGAGGAUAACCGCUCAGACAGCAUGAAAACCAGCCCCAAUCUACAACUGUGACCGUGGGCGUUUACGCGGGAGCGGAAAUCAUUGUGUUGAAAAGGCGCGAGUGACGAUUGUGCAACCACUGAUUGGUGUUACAUAACUGGAAAAUUGAGAUUUUCACGGUGUAGCUUCCUCCAAUCGCACUAAAAUGGGUGUCUUUUUGUCAGUUCUAGUGGCCAGCGUUGGUGUGAUGGAUUUAGUCAACUGUUUAGCUUACAUUUCGGAUCAAUUUUCUACCAGAACGACCGCGAUCGAUGAAGACCUUGAACGAUAUCGUAGACUGCUGAAGGAGAAGCUCGAUGAUGCACCGAAAGGUGCCAGAGACGGACUAACCUACGCACAAGACGGUGUUGUUUACAAAGAUGGUUACCGUGUGGAGAGGUUCGAUGAAGCAAGACUGGACCAGUUAAAUGUGAAGAUCCGAGAGUUGGAGCGAAAAAGUCACGAAAAAGACGAAAGAUUAGACCAGUUGAACGUACAACUGCAGGAGCUGGAACGAAAAUCUGCCGAACGAGAGAUUGUCAUCGAAGAAAUUCGAUCUAGAUCGUUAAGCCGAGCGAUUAGUCCGGAUCCGACUUCUUCGCGAGGUUCCACUGUCUUGCGGGACAUUCCGAAAAUCCUGCUAGACGAUGAAGAUUCACGGGCUAGCUCGAAAAAAUUCCGACCCAUCUACCGUGACGAUGAACUCAGGCGAACCAUCAAGAAGCGUUCGGUUUCGUCCAAUGUUUCCGACGAUCGUUCGGAAGAAUUGGAAGCACUAACCCGACUCGAAGAUGACGAGGCGACGCAGAUGGAAGAUUAUGAACCGUUGGUGUACAGCCGGAAUGACUAUCAAGAUCCAAGUUCUUCAAAAAACAAAAUCAGCCCUAUCCAAGAACUUUGUGCAAUGCACGAAAACGAAUAUCAGCAACGAAAAACGGAAUCACCAUCCGAAUCUGUAGUGGUAGCUACCGGGUUGGAUGUUGAAGAAGAUGAUAGAUUGGAGCAACUAAAUCAGAGGUUACACUCGAAGAGCGCUUCUCCGGAAUCGACUCCGGAGGAAGCGUCUCUGACAAGCAGUGAUGAUGAGCAUAGCCAAAUUCUGUCACCAUCCAAUGUUCCCAAUGAUCAUUUCGAAGAUCUUGGUGCGCUAGCCCAACAGGAAGAAGUUUCUGUCAUCCACAAAAACGAAGAGCCACGAAGAAUGACAGAAUCACCAUCGAAGUCUCUGACGGAACCUGACAGCGAUGACGCGGAGGAAAAGGAAAUAAUUAAUUGGUCCAAUUCUAGGAACACCCUUCCUGAAAUACCCAAUUUAACAAAAGAACUCUUACUAACAACCAGCGAAUCUGUUCCAUCGAAUCUAAGUUCCCGUUCCGGCAGUCCGGACCCUGAUCAUCCUGCACUGAAAAGGACCAGGAAAAAAAGUGAUCUGACUGCACUUCUCCUUGAAGAAGAACGUAGAACCCAAGCGUUCCGGGAGGUGAUCAUCCAAACCGAAGAAUAUGACUCGGAAGCAUCCGAGCGUUCGGAGCUUCAACAAUCCAAAUCAUUGACACCUAGUAUUAACAAUUUUUUGAAUAACGAACGAGCAAGCUCAGCAGGUCAGCUACAAUCUCCGAUUUCGGAUAAAUCUAAUUCGUCUACUUCCGAACACGAAAGUCAACAAUCGUCGAUAGCCUCAAUUCCACCGAGCGAUUCGAGAGAGCCUACCAUAUCUCCCGUACCGAUCGUUUCGUUAGGAUCUGCUGCUUUAAACGCCUCGUCAAAUGCAGAUGGUUCUGUCGAAGGCGUCCCUGCUCGAUCCGAUGAAGAUCGGUCCAUAUCCUCCCCUGCCGUCCCGGCUGAUCGAAAUCUAAUUUUCAGUGGUGAAUACACCAAGGCCAUGUCGAAGGAUUGGCACUCGGGCCACUUCUGCUGCUGGCAGUGCGACGAGAGUCUAACUGGACAGCGCUACGUGCUACGGGAUGAGCACCCGUACUGCAUCAAGUGCUACGAGAAUGUGUUCGCCAACAUCUGCGAGGAGUGCAACAAGACCAUUGGCAUCGAUUCGAAGGACCUUUCCUACAAAGACAAACACUGGCACGAGGCGUGCUUCCUGUGCAACAAGUGCCGCAUUUCGCUAGUUGACAAACAGUUCGGCUCAAAGGCCGACAAGAUCUACUGUGGAAACUGCUACGAUGCCCAGUUCGCGUCCAGAUGUGACGGCUGUGGGGAGAUUUUCCGCGCCGGAACCAAAAAGAUGGAAUACAAGACCAGACAGUGGCACGAGAAGUGCUUCUGUUGCUGCGUCUGUAAGACGGCCAUUGGCACCAAAUCGUUCAUCCCACGUGAGCAGGAGAUCUACUGCGCCGGGUGUUACGAGGAAAAGUAUGCUACCCGUUGUAUCAAGUGCAAGAAGAUCAUCACCAGCGGCGGUGUAACGUACAAGAAUGAACCGUGGCACCGUGAGUGCUUCACCUGUACCCACUGUCAGGUGUCACUGGCCGGACAGCGCUUCACCAGCCGCGACGAGAAACCGUACUGUGCCGAGUGUUUCGGUGAGCUGUUCGCCAAGAGAUGCACAUCCUGUAUCAAACCAAUCACUGGAAUCGGUGGUACUCGCUUCAUCUCGUUCGAGGAUCGUCACUGGCACAACGAUUGCUUCAUCUGCGCCAUCUGUAAAACGUCACUGGUGGGCCGUGGUUUCAUCACCGACGAGCAGGACGUCAUCUGUCCGGAAUGUGCCAAGCAGAAGUUGAUGUAAGCCGCGGAAGCUACGGCAACCAUAGCGCAAACCUAUCUCAGAGAAGAUGCACCAGGAAACGUAAACCUCUUCUACAUUUCACUGCAAAACAAUGAAAGUAACUAAACAACAACGAACAACAGCGAUUAUAUUCUAAAAAAAAAGCCGAGAAUAACAUACCAGGAAUUGAUCAGUUGGAACCGAUGAAAUGCAAAGAUUUUUUUUUUCUGAUAGAUAGUGCGAGAUGGAAUGAGAAUGGUUUACUGCAGCAGCAAUCUGUAUAAAAAAAACAUAAACAAUACAACAACAAAAAAAAACAAAGCCUUACAACCGUUGUCAACGAGACAAGCAAAUGGCCAAGUUGCUGAAAAUAGUUUCAACAACAGAAAGAAGAAAAAAAGUGGUGGUGUCCCUUUUCAUUUCAACGAGAAAUUUGUUUCUUUACGUACAUUUAGGAACUUCAUUGUAUUUAAAUACUGUUUUCUAUUUAUCGCAUGCAUAUUUUUCUGCGAGAUGGACGCAAUUGUAUACUGUUUUGCGUGUGUAAAAUUUAAGCUAUCGCCAUGAUGAAUGUUUUAAAAGUAUCAAAGUAUUUUGCCUUGCGCUAUUUUGUUAAGUAAAAUUGUUCGCAAACAUAUAUUUAUAUAAACGAAACAGAACAACUGCUUACGCUGUGAAUAUAUUUUAUGAUUAUCGAAAAAAAAGCUUUUCUAUUCUUACUGUGACACUAAAACACAAACGAGAUUAGCGGGAACGGCCUAUAUUCACUAAAGUUGCCUUCUACUAAAAUACCAACACACAUAAGCAUACUAAAAAACCAAACACAAGAGAGGAAAAUUAUUAUAUGUAUCGAAAGUGAAAGUGACAAAUUUUAAAUAAUUACGUUCUAGUUUUACAGCGCUUUUAAAAACACACACACACACACACUCAAAAUAGAGUAUUUAUGUAGGAUGGCGAGAAACAAUGCUUUAAUAAAAUAAAAAUGAAACAAAAAACACGAAAUAAAUCUAACACUAAAACGCUUGUCUCUCCUCCUUCUCUUUAUGUUACGUGUUGUUAAUCGUGAAUAUACAUAUAUACAUUAAAAGAAAUCAAUUAUUAAACCUAAAUAGGCGGUCAACGAAACAAACAAAAAAAAAGGUUAAAAUCAAACAAUGAAGCAAAAAAACUAGACAUCUAUGAAAAAGCUAUUUAACAUUACAGUUACUGAUGAUGAUAAUCCUAUAUGCUACUAGAAAGAUAGAGAUGAUGAAGCAAACAUUAAUCUAGUAAACGGUAGGGUCCAAAUUGUAGCCGAGCCGUUUUUCUUCUUCCGUUGGUUUCAUUUAUUAUUUUAUAGGCAGUAUAUCGUCUAACGAGUAUUUUACUGUUUAAAUUAUUUAUUCAUUAACACACAACACGAUUACCAUUUUUUUUAUUAUUAUUAUUAUAAAAAGAAGCAAGAAUAUUAUUACGAUUAUUACAAUGUGACGAAUGCGAAGUACGUAUACAAUAUAUCAAACAAACAAACAAACAGGAAACGCUAAUCAUUUAUUCACCACUUCUUUGUUAUAAUUAUUAAUUUUAGUAGUAUUCGGAUUUUUUUGAAUAAAUAAAAUAUCUCUCCACAA